GGAGGAGAGCACAGCGCCAGCGAGAGAGAGGGAGAGAGAGCGAGCGAGAGAGCGAGAGCGCGGCAGCCCAGGAAGCGCGAGCGCCGCCCACCCAUCCGGGGCGAAGCGGCGCCGGGGAAGCAGGCUGGGCCGGGGGGCUGCCGGCCCUCGACCCCGACCGUGACCCCGCGGCCCCCAGCCCGGCCCCAAGAUGAUGAAGAGACAGCUGCACCGCAUGCGCCAGCUGGCCCAGACGGGCAGCCUGGGACGCACCCCGGAGACUGCUGAGUUCCUAGGAGAAGACCUGCUGCAGGUGGAGCAGAGGCUGGAGCCAGCCAAGCGAGCAGCCCACAAUGUCCACAAAAGGCUGCAGGCCUGUCUACAGGGCCAGACUGGGGCCGACAUGGACAAGCGGGUGAAGAAACUUCCUCUCAUGGCUUUGUCCACCACAAUGGCUGAGAGCUUCAAGGAGCUGGAUCCUGAUUCCAGCAUGGGGAAGGCCCUGGAGAUGAGCUGCGCCAUCCAGAACCAGCUGGCCCGCAUCCUGGCUGAGUUUGAGAUGACCCUGGAGAGGGAUGUCCUGCAGCCGCUCAGCAGGCUGAGUGAGGAGGAGCUGCCAGCCAUCCUGAAACACAAGAAGAGUCUGCAGAAGCUGGUGUCCGAUUGGAACACCCUCAAGAGCAGGCUCAGCCAGGCGGCCAAGAACUCUAGCAGCAGCCAAGGCCUGGGCAGUGGUCCGGGCAGUUACAGCCACACCACCAUGGCCAACAAGGUGGAAACACUGAAGGAGGAGGAGGAGGAGCUGAAGAGGAAGGUGGAGCAGUGCAAGGACGAGUAUUUGGCUGAUCUGUACCACUUCGCCACCAAGGAGGGCUCAUAUGCCAACUACUUCAUUCACCUCCUGGAGAUCCAGGCUGAUUACCAUCGCAGGUCACUGAGCUCACUGGAUACAGCCCUGGCUGAGCUGAGGGACAACCACAGCCAAGCAGACCCCUCCCCCUCGAUGACAGCCGCCCCCUUCUCCAGGGUGUAUGGGGUGUCGCUGGGAAUCCAUCUACAAGAGCUAGGCCGGGACAUCGCACUGCCCAUUGAGGCCUGUGUCCUGAUGCUGCUCUCUGAGGGCAUGCAGGAGGAGGGCCUCUUCCGUCUGGCCGCAGGAGCCUCAGUGCUGAAGCGUCUCAAGCAGACAAUGGCCUCUGACCCCAGCAGCCUGGAGGAGUUUUGCUCUGACCCCCAUGCUGUAGCAGGUGCCCUCAAGUCCUAUCUCCGGGAACUGCCAGAGCCCCUGAUGACGUUUGACCUCUAUGAUGACUGGAUGAGGGCAGCCAGCCUGAAGGAGUCUGGGGCCCGGCUGGAGGCCCUCUGCGAGGUGUGCAGCCACCUGCCCCGAGAGAACCUCAGCAAUCUCAGGUACCUGAUGAAGUUCCUGUCAAAGCUGGCUGAGCAGCAGGAGGUGAACAAGAUGACACCUAGCAACAUCGCCAUCGUCCUGGGGCCCAACCUGCUGUGGCCACCACAGAAAGAAGGGGACCAGGCCCAGCUGGACGCAGCCUCAGUGUCUUCCAUCCAGGUGGUGGGCGUGGUCGAGGCACUGAUACAGAACGCAGACACUCUCUUUCCUGGAGACAUCAACUUCAACGUGUCAGGCCUCUUCUCAGCCCUCGCCCCUCAGGACAAGGUCAGCAACAGGCUAGCCUCUGAGGAGCUGCCACCCACUGCCGUGCCCACGCCAGCUACAACCCCGGCCCCAGCUCCAGUUCCAGCCCCUGCCCUGGGCUCAGUGGCUGGGAAGGAAAGGACAGAGCCUGAAGCACCACAUAGACCAGCCUCCCCCAAGGUCAGCAGGAGUCCCCCAGAGACAACUGCCCCAGCAGAAGACACGACUCGGAGGACCAAGCGCCCAGCACCCGCCAGGCCCACAGUGCCACCCCCUCAGCACUCUAGUGCCCGCUCCUCUCCUCCAGCCCCACCCCUGUCCCCUGGCUCUGGCAGCCCUGGGACCCCCCGAGCUCUGCCCCGCCGUCUGGUGGGCACCAGCCUUCGAGCCCCUACAGUGCCACCCCCAUUGCCUCCUGUUCCUCCACAGCCCACCCGGCGUCAAAGCCGGCAAUCACCUGCCUCCCCCAGCCCGGCCUCCCCCAGCCCAGGCUCUCCAAGCAUUCCUGCUCAGGUGGAUCUGGGGCCAGCCCCAGAGGGCGGAGGGGCUCCUGAAGCUGCAGGUGGGGGUCCCACUCCCCCUGCAUUUACCCCUCAGCCCCGGCCCAGGGGUCUUGCCUCUGAGACUGAUUGAGGGGGCAGGUCCUCCCUGACUAGCCCUCAGUGUCCCUUCCCUCCCCACUAUGUCCUUCCAGGAUAGCCCUGGCCUCUGUCAAGGGGCUGGGCCUCCAGCCUUCACCCGCAAGUGCCUCUGCGCCCACUGGGUCAGCCUCCAUGGCCAAGAGGGCUCAGGACAGCCCCCGUCUCCUGGCCUUUUCCUCUUCCACACUGGGUUCAGAAGCCCCCGCACCUGACUCCCCACUCUCUGGCAGGGUCCCAGGGGAGCCACCAGAAGGAAGGGCAGGCUUGCCUGCUCCUACAGGACUUUUAUUUUUCUCUUGCCAACAUAUUUUUGUAAGGCUGAUAAAUAAAUUAUUUUGGACAAAACUGGA